AUGUCACCCAACUCCCUUAAUGGCACUAGCCAUAGUCUAGACAUCACAGUGUUGGGUUUGAAUAGCGGAACAUCCAUGGAUGGUAUUGACUGCGCCCUUUGCCGAUUCCGCCAGGAGACCCCCGAAUCACCUAUGCACUUCGAACUACUGAAGGCAAGUACCUCCGAGAAUGCUCCACAGUACGGGGAGAUUCCACUUGAGCCGGUAAUCAAAAAGCGAGUCAUGCAAAUGAUCCUGCUCAAUAAGACCUCCCCUUCGGAGUUGUCUGAAGUAAACGUGAUCCUAGGCGAGACCUUCGCCUCGGCCGUGCAUCAGUUCUGUAAGGACCACGAUUUGGAUAUCAAAUCGAUUGAUGUCCUCGGAUCUCACGGACAAACAAUCUGGCUACUCUCCAUGCCAGAGGCCGGCGAGACUCGCAGCGCUCUGACGAUGGCCGAAGGCACAUUCCUAGCCUCGCGCACGGGCAUCACCUCCGUCACCGACUUCCGGGUAAGUGACCAGGCUGCUGGACGUCAGGGAGCACCCCUCAUUGCCUUCUUCGACGCACUGGUGCUGCACCACCCGACAAAGCUGCGUGCAUGCCAGAACAUCGGCGGCAUCGCGAACGUCUGCUUUGUCCUCCCGGACAGCCACGGCGGCGUUGACGCCUGCUACGACUUCGACACUGGUCCAGGAAACGUGUUCAUUGAUGCCGUCGUGCGUCACUAUACUAAUGGCAAGCGCGAGUACGACCAGGAUGGCGAGAUGGGAGCUCGCGGGACCGUCGACCAGGGACUUGUCGAUGAUUUCCUGACACAUCCCUACUUCGCGUUGGAACCACCCAAGACAACGGGUCGUGAAGUUUUCCGCGACACUAUCGCGCACGAUUUCAUCGUCAAGGCCGAGGCCAAGGGUCUUAAGCCUGAUGAUGUCGUCGCUAGCAUCACCCGUGUUACCGCCCAGGCUAUUGUGGACCAUUACCGUCGCUACGCGCCCAGGGACCUUGAAAUCGCUGAGAUAUUUAUGUGCGGCGGUGGUGCCUACAAUCCUAAUAUAGCCGCCUUUAUCCAAGAAAACUAUCCCAACACCCGCAUUAUGAUGCUUGAUCAGGCUGGUAUCCCUGGUGGCGCUAAGGAGGCCAUUACUUUUGCUUGGCAGGGUAUGGAGGCUGUGGUCGGCCGCUCUAUUCCCGUCCCCAGUCGUGUCGAGACUCGCCAAGAAUAUGUCCUCGGUAAAGUGUCUCCGGGCAAGAACUACCGCAAUGUCAUGCGUCAGGGCAUGAUGUUUGGCGCUGGUCGGGAUCAUCUCCCCCAGUGA